UUUAUAUGGUACCACAGACAGAGAACCUUUCUUCUUCACUUUACCGCUCUCCUCUUAGUUUUCUGGAAAAAACAUAAUAAAGCUACAAAAAGGAUCCGUGAUAGUGAAAAUGGGUGUGGAAGGAUCAAUGGAGUACAUAUCGGAGUUUUUAAAGAAGAGGAAGAGGAAGAAGAAGAAACAAAUGCAGACAGUAGCUCUCCGAGUUGCUUGUAUCGAUUGCGAAGGUUGUGAACGUAAGAUCAAACAUAUCCUUUCUGGAGUCAAAGGGGUAAAGUCGGUAGAUGUGGACGUGAAGCUGCAGAAAGUAACGGUGAUGGGAUACGUGGAUCCAAAGAAGGUUCUGGAGGUGGCCAAGUCGACGAGGAAGAAAGUUGAGCUAUGGCCGUACGUUCCGUACACAAUGGUGGCGAAUACGUACAUAUCUGAAGCAUAUGACAAGAAGGCACCACCGAACAUGGUUCGGAAAAUCCCCCACACGGCCUCCGUCAACGAGACAACCGUGGAUGACUCUUAUACCAUUAUGUUUAGCGACGAGAAUCCUAAUUCUUGUUUUGUCAUGUAGAGAAAGACUAGAGAGAGUAUUUUUUUAUAAGUUAAUUAACAAAAACAUAACAAUACUGUUAUGCCCAAAACUCGAAUCCUGCUUAACGAUACACCUCUACUCAGCUCGAAUUACAGAAACUUGAUAGAGG